AUGGGCGCUUUUGAACAGAUGCACAACUUCCUGGAGGAGCUGCAUCGCUUUUGGCUGACUGAACUGGAGGAUCUGGAGAAGGUGAUGAAGAAGAAAAAGGAAAUAAAUGUCGUCAAGCUUUCAGAGGAUAUCGCCAGUCUCAGUGUGAGACGCACAGAAACGGAGAAGAAGUACCACCUGCCCGCUAUUGAGUUCCUGAAGGGCAUCGGGACUACGGUGACCACGUUUCAGGAGCUGAAAAGAAGGUGGACACUGCUGGGAAUCUCUCCAGGCAUGGAAGAGAGACUCAUAAUUUACACUCAGAAAAAUUCAUUUCAGAAGGAUACCUUGGAGAAAUGCAAAGGGCUACCGAUGCAGGCACUGAACAAAGUGAGUGUCACUCUGGAGCCAGGAGCAGAACACCCUUUUCUUGUUAUAACCUGAAGAGUUUGAGAAGAAGAAGAAGAAGAAGAGGAAGGCAGGACGCGCUGGACAACCCUGGGAGAUUCGACAGCAUGCUCUACGUGCUGGGCCAUGCAAAAUUCACUUCAGGAUGAUAUUGGUGGGAGGUGGUGGUAGAAGAGGAGGAGAAGGAGGAAAGGGAAUGGGCCACCUGGGCCGUAGGGGUUGCAAAAGAGUCUGUCAGGCGCAAAGGCUUUGUCAGCAUGCUUCCUUCUGAGGGGAUCUGGGCCAUUGGGAAGGCAAAGGAUGAGUCAGCCUCAUCUGAUCCCUUCUGGGCUUCAACCCACCCUGAGUGGAUCCCUUUGAGAUUGAGUUAUGAGCCCAGGAAGAUCUGGGUGUCCCUAGACUAUGAUGAGGGUCGUGUGGAAUUCUAUGAUGCCCACACUAAUGGUUUGAUCUUCAAUUUCCAACAAGCCUCAUUCUCUGGGGAGAAGGUUCAGCCCUUUUCCCAUGCUUGGUGGGGAGUUGGUCUGAAGUGUUGAUUCCUGGGGACGAUCCUCACCACUCCCAGCUCUUCCACCCCCACCCUGAGAGAAGGUGGCAGCCUAGCAUUUUCUUUGCAGUGUUAUGAGUUUGUGGGUGGCAGAAAUUCUAAAUUUCUGGAUCCAGUAAAUGUUAGAAUUUAAUCUGCGUGUGGUGUGUUAGAACUGGAUGCCAGACAGUAGGUUUAGCAAGCAUUAAAAUACAAGCCAGGCCAGCUUCCCCAUGUCGGGAAAGUGCCUGGGAGACGAGCCAUGGCUCCCACACCAUUAUUUUGUACAACUUUAUUUUGUACCACUUUAUUUUGUGCAACUGAAAAACUUUAAAAUGUUAAUAAUAGAAGAACUAUGUGGUGGAAGGAAGAAAAGAAGGAAGGAAUGAACCAUUAAGAAAAGUCAAGGAGAAUGGGUUUCUGGACUGUAUACCUGUUGGGUGGGGCCCUUUCUGCAGUUCUGAGUUAGUUCAGAAAACAAAGGAGAGUUUGAAAGGAGAGUCUUUACAAUUGGUGACCUAGGGGGAAGAAGUUGCAGUCUGGUAAAGGUGGCAAGCUGGGGAGAGGGUCAGAGCACGAUGGUUGAUGUUAUUUUGAAUCCUAAACUGCAGCUAUGGAAGAAUUUGUUCUUUGAAAAAUGAAAAAUAAAAAACCCUUAAAAAAAAAAGAGGAAGAGGGGGGGGAAACCAGGUGUACAAAGGAAAUUGAAUAAUAUUGUAUAAAAAGGAUAAUAUAAGAGCAUUUACUUAGAAGACUUUGAAAUUGAGGUAAAAUAAUGUAAGCAGAAUUAGUAAAUACUUAAAGAACCAGAAAGGGAAGUUGAGGGGAGUCUUUGGGUGGGGGGAGAACUGGAUUUUAUCUCAUCCUUUUCUCUUCUUAUGUUUAAGAUAAUUAUGCUGAUUUUAACAUUGUGUAACUGUAAAACCCAAUUUAAAAAAUUUAAAGAGGAAGAGGAAGAGGAGGAAAACUACCGCUCAACUUUAUGAUCAGUGAAAAUAUUUGCUACUGCAAAGUUAGCAUUUCUGUUUUUAAAAUAUAUACAUGGGGCUUUUUUGCAAAGAGAAGCAUUUUCUGCGUGCACACAAUAGAGAAUCAACCAGGCUGGCAAGCAAGGGGCAGUAUCGAUCUUUCUCUCUCAAGGUUGCUUGCUUGCUUCUCCCGCCUUAAGGAAGAAAAUCUUGCCCUUCCUGCAAAUCCCUGCUGGUUUCUCCUCCUUCAUGUCCAUGAAAGGAAUCAGCCCCGUCUGAUCAGUCAGGAUCUGCUAGGAAGCAAACUGUGUGCUGCCUCUCUGAUCAGAGCCUCACCAUCACCCAGGGAACGAACAACAGAACGAAGCCCCUCGGCCAGUGACUCCUGCUGCACAGGCCUUCAAUAAAAUGUGAUGAGUCUUCCCAAAACAAGAAAACAAGAGCCCGGCUCAGGAGAAGCCCAAGAACCUCCUUCCCAGGGGAAAGGAUCAGAUGUUGUAACCCCGUGCAUCUAGUAAUGGAGAGGACUCCACCAUUCUCUUCCAGAUAAACUGUAGAACAUGGGUCUCAGAUUUGGAAGGAGGUAGACUCCACCGUGGGAGCAGGGCCGGGGCGGGAGAGUGCUAGUGUCCUGUCUAGUCAUGUUAUACGGGAUCAAUUCCAAUCUGUUAUCUCUUAGGUGAAACCAACCACCUGUCUUCUUGAUCCUUGUCCAUCCUGGCUGAUAAAAGCAAGCCGGGAACAAUGAUGCCCUGUGCCAGGCCAAACAAGAAGCGAAUGAGUACCGCAGGCAACUUCAGAGUCUCACCUGUGAAGUGGAUGCACUUAAAGGAACUAAUGAAUCCCUUGAACGUCACAUGCGUGAGAUGGAGGAGAACUUUAAUCUUGAAGCAGCUAACUACCAAGACAACAUUACCCGACUCCAGGAAGUGAUCCAAAACAUGAAGGAAGAAAUGGCUUGCCAUCGGCACGAAUACCAAGACCUGCUGAAUGUAAAGAUGGCUCUUGAUAUUGAGAUUGCCACUUACAGGAAACUGCGGGAAGGAGAAGAGAGCAGAAUCACAAUGCCCAUUCCGACUUUUGCAUCCCUAAACCUGACUUGUCCUGUUCUCAGAUUGGAGACAGCUCCCACCUCCUUCUCCCCAACCUGUGGAAGGACCAGACUCAAAUUCCUCACCUCUUGACCCCUCAGCAAAGGUCCAAGCUACAACCCCAGGGUGAAGUGCAAACCUCAACCCCAAAAGUCAUGUGUCCAUAAUGAAGCAGUCAGAGGCUGCUAUCUAAAGAAGUUUCUCCCAUUUCUAGGAAGGCCACUUCAACUUCAUCUAGCGCUCAGUCGCUUUCUUCACUGUCUUCCCAGUGCUCCUGGGCAAGCUCUACGGGCUCACUGACAUCCCUGAGGUCCAUAGACUAUGCUGCCAACCACAGGGCAGACGAUUUCUGCAAGCUGAACAAGGAGAGGGAAUUGCACUACUUUGUCAUCCAGUUCAAGCUGAAUCACAUGAUUUCCAUGCUGUCUAGGACGGGCAACAAGGCAGAAAACUACAUAGGCUGCCGCCCAGUGAGGUGCAACUUAAAUCCUAGGCAGCGGAUUAGCACAAGCCUCAUAAACCUCAGAGACUUUGUACUGUAUUCAUCAAAUGUCUGCUUCUCAGAAAUGGGAUCGUGAGAACUGGCACACAUAAUUGCCAUACAGAGGGUGCUGCUGGCUUGGUGGUGGUUGCUUUUUUAACUUGGCAGCCCAGCCAUCUUUGUGAUACUGCAAGCCUUUCUCAGGCUUUGCCGUGCCAUGGAGAAGAAUGGUUUGGAAUGCCAACCAAUAUGCACAUUUUACCUUGUGGCACAAAGGCAGCCAUCGCAUGGAAACACCUUCACGUUGCUCUUUGUGGCUUACAUUUUGUGUGUGUCACUUGUAAGUGCUCCAGGCUUCACACUUGGUCAAUUCUCUACUGCCCUUACAAAUGUUGCUUUUUUGGUCUGAGAUAUCAUGGGCUAACUUGGUUUCAUCAAGGGACUAUAAUAUUAGCCGUUUAGAAAGUGCAAACAGAAAGUGUUUGCAACUGUGAUUGUAGUAAUCAUCUUUUUAAAAUAUAAACAUUGCAAGUUCUUCCACAGUUUCUGUAUGCACAUCAGCUUUAUGUAAUAAAUAAAUCAUCAUCAUCAUCUUUAUACCCCACCUAUUUGGCUGGCUUUCCCAAGGGACUUUGGGGGGCUUAGAGCAUAUCUAAAAACAUAAAGCAUUAAAAAUCUCCUGAUACACGGCUCAGGAGAUUGAGAGGGAGAAGAAAGAGAAGGCAGGAAGGGUAACCAUGUCAGACCACUAACUCCUCAAAAUACAAAUGUCUUCCGGAUAGAUUGCCCAUAAACUCCACACUUGGUCCAAAACGGUUACCUCUUCCAUGCUUAGCUAAUCUGUUUCUCCUUCCCUCUCUGAGGAAAAAAACCUAUACCUUUUCCCCGUACAAAUGUUUAACUUUAACAUAUAAAAUGCACACUAAUAUAAGCAACAUCAAAAUACCAAAAACCAGUAUAAUCACAGGCUGCCAAGCCUGAUUUAAAUGUUGGUCAUGGUAGGGCUCCAGCCUGAAAAGAUGUCCCACAAAUGGAUUUUUCAUUCUCUCUGCAAGAGGAGAGAAGUGAAUGGCAGUGCUACAUCUGGCGCAGUCAUUAGGGAGGUGCAAUCAGGGAUUAAAAACAAAAAAGAGGACGGGAUCCUAACAGCCAGAAAGGGUGCUCUGCUUGGAAAGGAGCAAAGAGCUGGCUGCUCCAUCUUGUCCUGCUUCUGCUGCUGGUUUUGGGUUUGCUGGAGAAAUAUCAAAUACUCUUAUAUACAACCCUUUAUCCCCCUACUUCUCUCCCCCUGCCUUCCCUUCUGAAAUGCAGUGGCAAAGGUCUAAAUUAAAACCCCAGGAUGAAGCGCAAACCUCAACCCCUCAGGCCAUGUGUCGUUAACUAAGUUUUAGAGUCAGUGGAAAUAUUUGCUACUUCAAUGGUACUAUUUUCCUAAUAUACAAUUACAGGGUUUUGCACAGUUUCUGGGCUUUUCUACACCAAGAUUGAUCUUUCCUCCUUUAUUAUAUUUAUUCCUCUCACCAUAACAGGUUUCCAAACAAAUAAACAACUUUUAACCAAGAGGAAGCAACCAGAAUGAUUGGCAACUCUAACUAGAGCAAACUAGAGCAAAAUCCUCAGGUUUUUUAAACCAUAUUUUAAGCCAGUCUAUGGGACCAAACAAUUAAUUUGGCUCAGGGCCCAGGCAGCCGAGUGGGAUAUACAACAGAUGUAGAUGAACACAUCUAGGUCACAUGGAGAAACCUGACCACACAGUGCCAAGGAAAUGGGACUGGCCAGCGAGGCAAAGAUGGAGGAGAAAUUGGAAUGUUAAUUACCCCCCCCAAAAAAAAAAUCUGGGGCAAACUGGUGGAGACGAUAGUGGUGGGGAAGCUACAAGAAUUAUUGGAAAACACAGAGAAUUAAAUGCAUUCCCAUCUAGGUUGAAUCCUGGCCAUGGGGGCUCAAUACACCCAAUAUUGAGGGGGCCAACAUCCCCCGUCGGGUUGCUGUUAUGGGGAAGCAAAUGACAGCCACCAUCAGCUGUAAGAGACGCAUGCCAUAGGUAGCUGAGCGGGACAUGUGGCAGAUGUGGACAGACACAUCUCGGUCACAUCAAGAGAUAUAACUUCACAGAAAAGUGGGACUGGCAAGGAAAUGGCCCACUAGUCGUGGAUGAGGGAGAGGAAUGGGAAGUUCAGAUGUGUAGUUCAGAUUCUGCAGUUUGAUUGCACCCAAAUGGCAGAACAUUCAGACUGCCAAGUAAGGCAAGUAAGCCCUAACAGAAUAAUCAGGAAAAACAAAGCAAUAAUCACCACAUCUGAAUACAGUCUAUGGCACAAAACCAUUAAAUUCUUCAUGCCCCUGCUAUUUGCAGAAUCUACUGAUCCCAAGAGAGCUAAAUCUCUGCUGAGGACUUGUUGCCUCAGUUGGUUGGAAUCACUGACUGCAGGUACAAGGCAGGGCACGCUGAGCAGACCUCCUGGCCACCCAGGGCUUUAGCCCCCUCAGUAUUUCUAAAUAGUCCGCAACACUGUCAACUUGAAUGUGCUGGACAUCUGUGGUUUUCUGCCUCCCCCCCCCCACCUUCUUUUACUCCCACUUUCCUCCUCCAUAUCCUAAAGCUUUCCUCUUCAUAGCUGCUGCUCAAGUACUAUCUUUCCUUUGAAAAUAAAAAAUUGCAGGUUUCUCCACAGUUUCUGUACAUACAUCAGCAAUAUCUAUGCUUCAGCCCCUUCCUACACCAAAAUGGAUUCCGUUCCAAACAUGCCUUCAGGUGGUACAGCCACACAGUUCACACCCUACCCUUAAUGACCCUUUCAGUUAUUGCACACACUCCAAAUUUGCGGAGGAUACACCUGUGUUACUCGCAGCCAGGUAUUCCCAAACCCCUCAACACAAAUGUCCCUUCUCCUUUUCUGCACCCCGAUUCAAUCCCUUGCCAACACCUCACCAAAAGAUGCAGCCACACAACUCAGACCUUAUAUAAUCCAUGGAUAAAAUAUAAAUAUCUCCUGGAAACUACAACUCCUUGGUGCAUUUCACACAUUGAAGCCUUUGGCGUUAAGAAGAAAAACAUGAAGGGAAAUUGGGCAAAAUAUAAAAUGUUAUUAGAGGGGGAAAUUAAUAAAUUAAGAGGAAAGGACUCUGACAUCCAUAUAUAUUUGACAGGCUGGCUCCAAUACUUCCAAGUGAAUGAAAGACAAGGAAAAUAGGGUUUGCUGGAGAAAUAUCAAAACUAAGGGGAACUCUAACCCAGCCUAAAGGAAAUAUCUAUCUAAAAUGUAUAAUCUCCGCCACAAUUCACACCCUGCCAUCAAAGAACUUUUGUCUCACUUAAAGCGCUCAUCCUUUUCUGAGGAUGCAAACCUCAGAACACAUAGGGACAGAGGAAGCUAAAGGGACAGGCCGCACAACAAGCCAGUGACUUCUGUCUUGCAGGUAGAUUUCUCGGAUGACCCAGACCUUUUCUCAAAAGGGGGGGGGGAGAGGAAGAACCGCUGGAAUACCGAGAUGAAGAGGAGGAGGAAGAAGAGGAGUACGACAAGAUUGGUAACCACAGAAUGCUUUCCAGUAUUGAAGUUAUAAGAGAUGCAUUCUGACAAAACAAAAAGCUUAGUACCAAAAAAAAAAAAAAAGGUUAUAGUGUAGGUGCUCACUUUUGUUGUUGCCUUGUUCAAUGGUCUGACACUGCUGCAACGGCUCUGAUUCUGCUCUUCACUAUUCCCCUUCUUAAUGAAAAGCACCAGGUGGAAACUGACCAUUCUUGUGAACCAGAAUCUCAGAAAUGCACUGGCAAAAGUCCCAAGUUAAACCCAGGGGUGAAGCGCAAACCUCAACCCCUCAAGUCAAGUUCUACACUCAGUGCUAAUAUUUUGGUACUGCAAUUGUACUAUUGUUCUUUUUAAGAUAUAAAAUUGCAGGUUUCCCCCCAGUUUCUGUACAUACAUCAGCUAUAUGUACGCUGCGCCCUCUUUCUACGCCAGGAUUGUCUUACAAACACGCCAUCAGGUGGUACAGUCACACAACCCAAACCCUGCAAUUAAAGAACUCCUGUCAAGACACUUCUGAAGUGGCCUGCAAGUAUUUCACUGAACUGCCAGUGCCCACUUUUGGAACAACGGCCACCUCCAGGAAGUGUGCAAUUCCAGAAAGGCGAUCAACCCAGUGUGAUCCAGCAGCAGCUACUAUGCAGUCGUCUGCUGUCACUUGGAUCAGAGAAAAGACAACAUACAAGAAAAAGGUGUCUGCAUCUGAGAACCUUGGCUGGAACAUGCCAGGUGUGUGUGGUUGUCUGUCUUCCCAGGCUCCUUAUGUUCCCCAUUUACUCCUCCUUGCCCUACAACUCUCAUCAUAACAGGUUUCCAAACAAAUAAACAACUUUUAAACAAGAGGAAGGAACCAGAAUGAUUGGCAACUCUAACUAGAGCAAACUAGAGCAAAAUCCUCAGUUUUUUAAACCACAUCUUAAGCCAGCCUAUGAGACCAGAUAAUAAAUUUGACUCAGGGUGCAGGUAGCCAGAUGUCGCCGCCAGAUCGCCCUCACAUCUUUCCCUCGACUCCCCCUCUGCGUUGGCUUCCUCUCCCACUUGACUCCUUGGUAUACUGCAGAACUUAGGGAAAGGAAACAAGUUGAAAGAUGGCUCCGCGCAAGUGGAGGAAAGAUCUGGCUGCAUACAACUGAACAGUGGUGUGGUCUCAUCAUUAAGCAUACAUAGUGGUAUUGAAGUUAGCAGUACUACUCAGCUACAAGUGAUCGCCAAAGAAGAAGAAAGACAGUCUGACUCAAGGAGGUGGUGGAACCAAUGGUAGCUAUGUGUAACCACUGUGACUUGUUUGCAAAGCAUUUUGAGGAUAAAACCACUUGCAUCCACUGAGAUCUUGACUCUGCUGUUAUAGCAGAUGAGUCUCAUGGGUGUCCAGAGCACUGUCUAGUCCUGUUGUUUUGGAUAAUUUUCAGAUAGUAAGGCUUGAGGAUGUGGACAAGGUGUUUGUAUUAGUCAGGGCAACGACUUGUGCUUCAGACUCUUACCCUUCUUGGCUGAUAAAAACUAGUGGGGGUGGUGGUAAUUGACUGGGUCAGGAAGAGUGUUCCUAUUUCCAUCUGAAAUGCAGGACAGCAUAGCAUUCUGAUCCAAGUUUCAUUAAGAAAACAUUAUCCAUAAUAUCAGCAGCAGGCAGCUGCAGUCAAAUUGGCCAGUCAGAAUGGAAAAUCCUAUUUUAACAAAACCAAUAAAAGAGAGCGGCAAUACUAUUUUCUUGUUUUCCUUGUUCAACUACAAUUCCAUAAAACAGUGGAUUUGUAAAGGUACCCCUGCCUGUACGGGCCAGUCUUGACAGACUGGAUUUGUAGGUUCUCAUUAAUAAAAAAUAAAUAAAGGGUGUGAGGGGUGGGUGGGAUCGAUGUGCCUAUACUUCUUAAUUCCACCCCUGGGCCUUUUCUAUACUGAAAAUAGUGUUAAUUUGUUCCCCUUCCACUGCUGUAAAUAUUGCUCGCUUAGAAAAUAAGUGAUUUACUUGACUGGAACAAAAUCCAUCUUGUGUCUCCAAGUGGUUUAGGGUUGUAUGAUCUAUGUCUGGAUUGGCCCACUUAAUGCUAUUUAUUGCUCUAUGAAUGAUAUUAAGAUGGAUUUCUUAAGUCUGGUAGAAUUACUUUUUCUUCUUUUGUGCAAUUUUUACUUGCCAUAGCAAACAAGACUUUGUCCAUGUACCCAUAUAAAAUAACUAUUAUCGUUCUUUUCCUCUGCAUCUUUAAAGCAUAAAAAUUAUUGGCUUUGAGGCAACAAUGACAGAAUGUGCUGACAUCAGAAAAAUGCCAGCUCCAGCCCAACCAGAAGUAAAAUGUAUAGGGCAUAUUGAGAGAUGGGUGGCAAAGCUGUGCAUAUGCUUUGUCCUCCCCAGCAGUAUAUAUUGUGGGAGAGUAGCUAGAGGAAGCAGAGAAAAGCUCCAACCAGUAUUAUUUUUUCUAUUAUUAUUUUUUUAAAUUUUGGAGUUUGCUUGUUUAUUUUAAAUUCAAUUUGUAAAGGUCCUUUUAGAAACGAAAAGAUACAAACUCAAGUUAAGCACAUAGUUUGCUUUUAGUUCAACACUUUCUUCAUCCAUCAAUUUUACCCCAAAUCACAAAAGUAAUAUUACAAAGCUUUCGCAGUGCACGUUUACAUAUUCUGCAUAUACAUCUAUUCACUCUUCAAACAAUACAUUUCCAUUGAAUUUGGCUUAAAAAACAACAACACAGCCCCUACAUCAGGCUGGAAAUAUGUAACGUUUUAAACCAAUGUGUUUUUCCUCUUAAAAAAAGAAAAUAUAUUACUUGGAAAGAAGCCCAUAUUACACUAAUUCCCAAACAAGACACGGACAUAAGGCAGGUGAAAAAUUAUAGGCCAAUCUCGCUCCUAAAUAAUGAUUACAAAUUAUUCGCCAGUAUAUUGGCCAAUAGACUUAAAGAUGUAUUGGGAGAGGAGAUUGGAAAGAACCAAACUGGAUUUCUACCUGGUAGACAGAUGAAGGACAAUGUUAGAAAUAUAAUUGAUAUGGUGGGCGCCGGGGCAUUUUACCGACGGCUCGGAGCGCUGAGCGGGGGGGCGGCCGUCAGGGCGGCCGCCUAUGGGGCUCACGAAUUCCGUCGCAGCGACCGAGAUGACUACUUGAAAGAGCUCUAUGAGACGGCCAACAAAUACCACUUCUUCCACAGCCUGGCCCUCCUGGCUGUGCCAUGUUUAUGUAUGCCACAAUGGCUGCUAGGACACUUCCGGCUCAGAAAUGGAAGUAGCAGGAACUUCCAACACUGGAAGACCGGCAGGUCAAGAUGAUGGAGUUCGAAGACAUAAUCUGGACUCAGCAUGACAAACUGUUUCAAAAGGACUGGAACAAAUUUAUAUUUUAUAUGAAAGAAAAUUGUAAACAUUUGAAAACAUUUGUAGGCUUGAAUUGAAAUGUUUUGUAAUGUAACUAUAAGGAACUGAUUUACUGAUAAUAAGGUGAAAUAUUAUAAUUUGACAAAGGGUAAAUAAGUGCUUAUAGAAAUGCGAAGAAUAUGGAAAGUUAUGUGGAAGUCAGAAAGAGGGAGGGCAGGAGGUCGAUGCUCUUACAGAGUAAUAUAUUAAGUCAUAGAAUUAUGUAACAAAAGGUGAAUAUGAUUUAAUGGAAAACUCAAUAAAAAUUACUUUAAAAAAAUAAAAAGAGAAAAUAUAUUAGGAGUGGCUUUUCUUUUAAUAAGUUAAUAAAUGAACUACUUCAUUGGCACAGCAUCCAAAUGAGGUGUAGUGGUUGUAUAGUUCUUGAUACGUUUUGUUUCAUAGUUAUAUUUGGGUUGCUGCUUUUUUAAAAAAAUGGUUAGCUUUUUGUAUCAUAAAGUUCACAAAACUGAUUCCUAGUAUACAACUGAAAGCAGAAAUGGGGCACUUUUUUCCUUUUGCUUUGCUGCAGAUAUGCAUGCUAUUUUACCAUAGCUUGCAGAAUGGCAUCAUGGCACCUUUUUACUAUGUAUGUGAAUUAUUUAAAAAAACUGUUACUCGUUGACAUUUUGUCUGGUCAAUAUAUUUCAGCUUCAUGUUUUCUUACGCGUAUAAUAUAUUUUCUAUUUUUUAAAAAGUGCCAGAACUCAUGAGCACUUCCCUUGUUCUCUAAUGGUGCCCACCUGAGAGGUGCUGGAUCUGUUCGAGCAACAGCCGCAACAAACGAGGGUUAUUUACAAGAUAGGGAAUAUAGAAUGCAAAAUGGUUGACAAUUCAGACUGCCUGCUCUGGUCCAGUCCUGUACUGACAGUACCUUCCCAGAGUAUGAUAUUGUGAUGUUUCCUACAUCUCAGCCUUUCAAACAGUGGCUUGAGUGGGUGGCACCAGUCGCAGAUAAAGUGCCUUUGCCAGUGCAAGUGGGAGUUGGCCCCCUUCACACCUUUUGGACUUGGGAGCUUUCAGUGUGUUAAAAAGUCAUUGUCCACCUAGACAUAGGAGGCGAUAGCAAUGGGGCAGCUACAAGAAUUCUUGGAAAACACAGAUGAUUUAAAUCCAUUCCCAUCUGGGUUCAAUCCUGGCCAAAGAACUGAGUCAGUCUUCGUCGCCCUGAUGGAUGACCUUUGCAGACAGGUGCCUAUGAAAAACUAAGGGUUAUGAGAAUCGGAGGCAGUGUAUCUUUACUUACUUGCUUCCAUUUUUAAGGGGGGAAGAGAAGCAUGCAUGUGUGAAAAACAAUGUUGUCCAAUGAAAUUUGAUAUUGUGUCACACCAGGCCCAUAGAUUUUUCAAGAAAAAUUCAAUGGUGCAUACCAGGGUAUCAGCCCGUGUGUAGUUCAGAUUCUGCAGUUUGAUUGCACCCAAAAGACAGAAGAUGUAGACUGCUCUGCGUCAGAGCUGGCCCACACCUCCUUGCAGACAUGCCUUAAACUUUAAUACCAUGGGGCUCCAACCAUUUGUGCCAUAUGACCAAGCAAGGCAUCUUUCCAGCUGCAGCAGCCCCAUUUCCUUUGUAAAAGAUGGAAAAAAACACAGUUCCAUGGCAGAACAGGUAAUGUCGUGUGAAAGAAACAUCGGAAAAAAUAAGAGAAGCCCUGACAAAAUAAUCAGGAACACCAAAACAAUAAUCACCACAUCUAAAUACAGCCUAUAGCACAAAACCAUUCAAUUCUUCAUGCCCCUGCUAUUUGCAGAAUCUACUGAUCCCAGCAGAGCUAAAUCUCUGCUGAGGACCUGUUGCCUCAGUUGGUGGGAAUCACUGACUGCAGGUACAAGGCACGGCACACUGACCAGACUUCCUGGCCACCCAGGGCUUUAUCCCCCUCAGUAUUUCUAGACAAUGUGCUCAGUUCCCCCAAUAUUUGGGGGCCCGGCAUCCCCACUGCUGGGCUGUUGCUAUGGGGCCGCACAUGACAAUCACCAGCAGCUGCGGGAAGCCCAGGGCCCUGUUAGCAGCAAGGGACAUGCAACAAAUAUAAAUGGCUGCGCCUGGUAGAUGAGGCAAAGAUGGAUGAGAGCAAAGGGGAAACAUUUGAUUAUAUCUAUUUGAAUACUGCAGGGCAUCAUAACAGGUUUCCAAACAAAUAAACAAUUUUUAACCAAGAGGAAGGAAUGAUAGUCAUCUAGAGCAAAAUCUUUAGUUUUUUCAUCACAUCUUAAGGCAGCCUAUGGGACAAAACAAUAAAUUUGGUGCAGGGCACAAGUAGCCGAGAGGGACACAUUUCGGUCACAUUGAGGAACAUUGGAAUGUUAAUAUCCCUCCCCCCAUUUGGGACAAACUGGUGGAGGUGAUAGUGAUGGGGCAGCUACAAGAAUUUUGGGGAAAAUGAGUUUGCAAAACAACUAAGAGAACAAAGUAAAAUAUUUAGGACAAGCAAAUAACUGGAGAACCAGUGAUGGAAGUUUUUUGUUAAGAGAAAGAAAGACAAACAUUGAAAGCAACAACAUGCACAACUGGUUAUAAAGUUGGGAAUUGUGUUGAAUGAUGUGUGGAUACUUUUGUAUAUAUGUAUAAUGCUGUAUUGUUUCUGUUCGAAUGAGAGGGGUUGUUAGGAAAACAUUCUUUAAGAAACAGAUAAAAGUUCCUGGAAGCUUUAAAAAGGGUUCCAGAAUUUUCUUUAGUGCAUAGGAGUGGAACUCUAGGAUUGAUUGGUGUCCACUGGAGGUCCAAACAAAGAGAAGUUGCAGGCUGCAAUGUCCGUACAAGGAAAGCACACUGACACCCAACACACACAUACAAAGUAUCAGCACACACACUGACAACAAGGUUGGAAGUAAGACAAUGUGUGCAGCUGAUACUGUGAGUUUUGCUGUGUCAGGAUUGUAAAUUACUAGACUGAGAUUAUACUGUGCUGGAGAUACAAAGAAGGAAUUUAAAUUUGCAGUAUCGCAUUUAACUUGCCUUAAAAGGUGGAGAGAGAAAUGUAGUAUUUGCACUUACAAAAAAAGAAAAGAUAAGAAAAGGAGGGCGGGGGAAAGAGCAAACCCUAUCGAGUGAAAAUUGUGUACGUCCUGCAACUUUGUAUAACAAUAGCUUAAAAACGAAUAAGUGGCUUAUUAAUGAAGAAAGGAAAAAAUCAUUUUUUCCCUUUACCUUCUGGUAGGAAACCAUUUUAAUAUUCUGUGUGUAAAAAGUCUCUGUAUUACAUUGUAAUUUGAUAUUUUUGUAAUUAAGACAAGAACCUUGUGCACUCUCAGAAAAAAGAACAAAAAAGAAUUUAAUCAGUAGUGGAUCCGGGUGCGCGUGAGUGACCGGGGCUCCUGAGACCUCUAGUCAUCUUUCGAAUGGACAAUGUUGAAACAGAGCUUUAUCAAAAAUGAAUGCUGGUCUGUAUGAUCCCUAUUGAAGGUUGUUAUGAUUUCUUCAUUCCGUGGGGCUUGAAUAUAAAGUUAUUUUUCACAUCCAAAAAAAACAAAGAAAAAGAAAAACAUUUGGAUUUUCAUUCGGUCUGCAAAAGGAGAGAAGAAAGAUGCAGUGCUUCAUCAGGCACAAUCAUUAGAGAGGUUCAUUAAGGGAUUAAUUAACAAAAAAGAAGAGGGGAUACUAACAGAUAAAAAGGCUGCAUCAUACUAUUGUUUGACUCGUGUUUCACAACCCUUUCAUGUGCCUGUCCCUCUCUGAAAAGCUUAGUACAAAAAUUGAAAAGCUUAGUACUAAAAAAAAAAGUUUAUACUGUGGGUGUUCACCUGUGUUGGUGCCUUGUUCAAUGGCCUGACACGGCUGCAAUGGCUCUGAUUUCACUCUUCACUAUUCCCCUUCUUAAUGAAAAGCACCAGGUGGAAAUUGACCAUUCUUGUGAACCAGAAUCUCAGAAAUGCAGUGGCAAAAGUCCCAAGUUAAACCCAGGGGUGAAGCGCAAACCUCCACCCCUCAAGUCAAGUUCAGAACCGAUGGCCCAGCUGAGGGGAAUGGAGCUUUUGCCUGGCCAAGCCGUCGAGUGCGUGCCGGGUCGUCCCCAGGGAGGAUUCGUAUUUCAGGAAAAGUAUCCCCGAGUGGGUCACUCCAUUGUUGCAGCCCCGCAGACUAGACGGCAGGAGUAUGACUACAAGGGACCACUGCGAUGA